AUGGAGGACGGAGAAGCCUCAGCGAUCACUUGCGUGCCGUCCAAGGAGCAAACCCCCCUUCGAAACCCUAACUUGCUUCUCAAUCAACCAAAAGAGACGAAACAAAAAACCCCUAAAACCACCAAAGGGAGACAGAAGAUAGAGAUCAAGGAGAUCAAAGAGGUGAGCAGAAGGCAAGUGACGUUCUCGAAACGCCGUUACGGUCUAUUCAAAAAAGCUGCCGAGCUAAACGUUCUCUGCGGCGCGCACAUUGGUAUCAUAACGUUUUCACGCGCCGGUAGGAUCUACACGUUUGGUGAAGUGAAGACACUCAUCGACAAGUACUUGAGCAAGUCUAAGGUGACGCUGAGCUCACACCCCGGCGGUGACGUGGGAAACGGAGGAGAGGACGAUGAAAACGGUCUGAUGUGGUGGGAGAGGGCGGUGGAGAGUGUGCCGGAGGAAGAGAUGGAAGAGUACAUGAAGGCGUUGAGUGGUUUAAGUGCUAAUUUGUGCACGAGGAUCUAUCAGAUGAGUGGGGAUCGGACGGUUCAGAUGAACGUUCCGGCAUUGACAUAUCCGACGGCUAUGAUGGACGGUAAAGUAGCGAUGGAUAUUGAAAAUACGAUGGUGAGGAACUAUGAAGGGCCUAAUGCAGGUAACAAUGGUUAUAUAGAGAAUGCGAUGAUUCCGUUUGGGUUUCCGUCUCAAAGUGGUAGACAGUGA